AUGCUACUUAUGAAGUUGGAUCGUGCCACAUUUCUAGCAUGGGAGAAACAUUCAGUGCACUUUACGACGGACAAGUACAUGGACGUGGUACAUUUUGUACAAGACCGGAUUCAAAUCUUAAAGUCGACUAACAAUUUCGCGAGUGAUAUAGUCGAUGGUUCGAGAAAGGUGGCCGGCACCUUGCGCUCAUCACCACCGCGUCGAUCGAUCGCCAACGCAGCGUCUUCGCGAUCAUCUCCCAUUACGCCAAAUUACAAGUGUCCUUUAAAGUGCGUAGAUAGUCACCUUCUUCCAAACUGUCCAGUGUUCUCUGGAAAGGACGUACAACAGCGUCGGGAAAUGGUAGCAUCAAAGCAGCUGUGUUGGAAUUGCUUGAGUGAUUCCCAUCAGGCAAAAGCUUGCAAGUCGGACUAUACAUGUCGUACCUGUCACCAGCGUCACCAUACACUGCUACAUACUCCUACUUUCAACUCAACAAUCGCUAUGGCAGUGCAAAACAACCAUGGAAUGGUGUUUUUGGAAACGGUGCGGUUGUACAUCCUAGAUGGCUACGGAAACCGUCAUGAGGCAAGGGCUCUCCUCGAUUCGGGCUCUAUGUCAAAUUUCAUCUGUGAUUCGCUGGCUCGGAAGCUUCUGGGGAUACCUCGGAACAAGGUUCACGUAUCGAUCCUGGGCAUCGGCAAUUCAUUACAGUUGAUGAAGGGAUCAAUCUUUGCAACUGUGGAAUCCCGAAACCUUACACAUGCUUCUCAGCUGGAGCUACUCAUCUUGGAUUCUCCAUUUAUGGAAAUCCCAACGUCGCCCAUUGAUACAUCGUCGUGGAAGCUUCCGGAAUUGCCACUAGCAGACCCAUCGUUCUUUGUUCCUGACAAGAUCGACAUCAUCAUUGGCGGAGAUACGUACUGGGAGCUUCAUUCCGGUAGAAAACGUUCGCUCGGCAGAGGAAAACCAUGGCUAGUGGAGACGUCAUUCGGUUGGGUCAUCGCUGGAAACACGUCAUCGGGUGCUUCGCAUGGUUCACAGUUGUGUCAUCUGGCUGCCAAUGAAACGCCUUCAUUGGAAUCGGUUAUGGAGCGUUUCUGGGAUACCGAGACAAUUGGCGAUGAUACUGCCUUAUCUGCGGAAGAGGAUGCCUGUGAGAAGCAUUUCGUGACCACCACAACCAGAGAGGCAUCCGGCAGGUAUGUUGUCUGUUUGCCACAAAAUAAUAAUCCCAGUAUCGUUUUAGGAGAAUCAAAGGCGAUUGCUGAUCGUCGGCUCCUUGCGGUGGAACGAAGGUUAAGAUCGAAUCAUGUGAUGAAGGAAGAAUACAGCAAAUUCAUGAAGGAGUACGAGCGUUUAGGUCACAUGAAGCGACUUACCGAACCGGUCGAUGAUACCUAUGAGCAUUACUAUUUGCCUCAUCAUGCGGUAGUAAAGGAGACGAGCACAACCACUAAGGUCAGAGUAGUGUUUGAUGCAUCCUGUAAAACUUCCUCAGGAUUUUCCUUAAAUGACAAAUUAUUGGUGGGACCGGUGAUCCAAGACGACCUGUUUUCGAUUAUUGUACGUUUUCGGUCACAUUCCAUCGCCCUAUCAGCGGACGUCGAAAAAAUGUACCGUCAAAUUCUACACGAUGAUCGCGACCAACGGUACCUUCGCAUAAGAUACAGAGAAGACCCAACAGAGCCCAUUCAAACUUACCAGCUACAAACGAUUACAUACGGAACUGCGUCCGCUCCGUUCCUGGCAACUAGAACACUGAAGCAAAUAGCUCAUGAUCAUCAAACACAGUACCCGUUAGCAGUUAACGCAGUACUGAACGACUUCUACGUAGACGACUUAUUAACGGGUACAGAAGAAAUUUCGGAUGCAAUCGAGAUGCGCUAG